AGGCAAUAUUGCGUGAGUGAAAACAGACGUGGCGCUUCCUCAGUUCGCCGGUGUUUUGAUUGUUGAUAAGCAUUUCAUUUACAAGCAAAUUAUGUUCGCAAUCAGUUCUUGCUUGGAGUCAUGAAGGAGCCCAGGUGUGUUUAUUCACCUAGCUUCGUAAAUAAUUCUUGUUAUUGCGGCAAUCGUUUUGUAAUAUCCCCGAUUAGGACAGAAAUACAGAAUGGUCGGCCGGAUCUCAAUACGAUGGACCAGUCUUCCUUCUUUUCUUAGACCAGGAAUAAUAUCAUCCUCCUCAGACAGUACAUGUUCUUGUACAAGAAGACUAUUCUCUCACAUGUGUGGACUACAAAAAGACUCGCUGCGAACUUUUAUUUUUCUAGCUGUUAUUUUUAUCAUUGUUUUACUAGGAACUCUUUUUCUUGUUGGUAAUGUGAAUUGGUAUGGUAACAGAACUAGACGCUUUGCGUCAACAGAUUUUUAUGAACAUGGAGCUGAUUCUCACCAUCAUUAUGGCAUUGUCAUUGACUGCGGAAGUAGUGGAUCUCGUGUGUUUAUUUAUUACUGGCCACCUCACAAUGGCAAUCCAGAUGAGUUGCUACAAAUUAAACAAAUGAAAGAUACCAGGGGAAAUCCAGUCAGAAUGAAAAUCAAACCAGGGAUCUCUAGUCAAGUUCAUCGGCCGUCAGAUGCAUCAUCCUACAUUGAUCCUCUUCUAUCCUUUGCUGCACAACAAAUUCCUGAACACAAGCACAAAGAAACACCUCUUUAUAUCCUGGCUACAGCUGGCAUGCGAAUGCUUUCUGUUGCUGAUCAAGAAGCUAUUUUAGAUGACUUAAGAGUGGAUGUUCCUUUGAAAUACAAUUUCCAUUUCACAUCAUCUCAUGUUGAGGUCAUCACAGGAAAGCAAGAAGGAAUUUAUUCAUGGAUUGGAGUCAACUUUGAGUUGGGAAGAUUUGAUCAUUCACAUGACAGUCAAGAGUCACCACUGAACAACAGUGUAUCAGAAGUUAGCCGUAAAAGUACAGUGGGGUCUCUUGACAUGGGUGGAGGCUCUGCACAAAUUGCAUUUGAAGUUGGGAAGUCUGUAUGGGUUCCAUCAGAGUUAAGUGCACAAGUCAACCUGGGUUGUGACUCCCACAAAACUACACACAAUUACCAUCUCUAUGUUGCUACGUUCCUUGGGUUUGGAGGCAAUGCUGCUAGAGACAGAUUCACAAAGCUUGUCAUCACCAAGAAUAGAACAUUGAGCAUUGAUGACACAUCUGGUGCGUAUCUCGAUCCAUGUUUACCCGCUGAAUGCACAGAGCAAGGAACUUACAAGGGAAAGAAAUACAACUUCCUUGGAACAGGAGAAUAUAUCAAAUGUAAAGAACUGAUUCUUCCACUACUGAACCGUACCAGACCCUGCCCAAAAAAGCCCUGUUCGUUUAACGCUGUCUAUCAGCCUCGUAUUGAUUACGAGACCGUAGAAUUUUACGGAUUCUCCGAGUAUUGGUAUUCAAUGCAUGAUGUCUUGAGAAUCGGGGGACAGUACAGUGCGAGUAGCAUGAGGCAAGCUGUAGAGGAAUUCUGCAGUACACGUUGGUCUACUCUCGUGUCACGCCAUUCUAAAGGCCUCUACCCCUUCGCAGAUGAUCACAGGCUCAAGUUUCAGUGUUUCAAAGCAGCUUGGAUGACCACAGUUCUUCACGAAGGCUUUAAGUUUCCUCAAAACUACAGCAAUUUACGUUCUGCCUUCUACAUUCGCGGUAAAGAGGUGCAAUGGACACUCGGUGCUAUACUUUAUCGGACAAGAUUUCUCCCUCUAAGGGAAGUCCAGUUACACUCGCAGUACAAGAGCUCUUACCACGCUUUCUGGAGUUACGCCAGUGACCUUCAAUUCCGCAUAAUUCUCCUCGUGUGUAGCAUCACAGUCUUAGCCGCCAUAUUGCUCUACUGCCGGCGUCUACGGCGCAUGAGCAAGAAUUCUAGUAUCUGGCAUUUCGAUUCAUCGCCUGUGCUUUACAAAGUCGAUGUGAUACCCAGUAUUGAGAAGAUUCCAAUGAUAUGACAUAACGUGGACUGGUAUAGAAGGCCAUACUAACAUAUAGAAAUUAUGAAAAUGUAGAUCAUUGUACAAAGGAAUUACAAAGAGUUAUUAAACCUGAAGAAAGAAAACGCUGAAAAAAGACGAUAAAAUUCUUCCAUUA